AUGGCGGCUGCAGGUCAGCGUCAGCGUCCGCCGCUGCGACAGCUGGACUCGCUGUGGGUGUUUACGGCACGCGAGGCGGUCUCUCGCGGGACGGCAACUAAGGCAACGCGUGCGUCCGAGACGACGGCGCCUGAUGCUGGUGCCCUUCGCGAAGACGAGCGACGACGUCGCCUUGUGAUGGCGUUCAUGGACCGUCUGUGUCAGAGAAUAGGUGAACCGGUGACAACGUCGUCGUCGCCGUCGACAACGACGCUCGACGCUGAAACGGCUGCUGGAUCGCACCGCGCAGAGCGUAGUGGUGUAGGUGAGCGGCUUCGUGCGAGUCUGCGGCUACCGAUAACGACACUGAUCGCAGCGCGCCUGCUCUUUCAUCGCUUCUUCCUGCUCGAGCGCUUUGAUGCGACGUUUGAUGAGCUCGAUAUCGCAACCGCUUGUGUUUCGAUUGCCUGUAAAGCAACUGAGAAUGUGGUUCGCAUGCGAGAUCUCGUUCGCCAGAGCUACGCCCUCCGCACAGGCGGGUGCCUGCUGCUCGACGAGCAGCUCCAUCAAGACCUCUACGUCCGCUGCCGUGAGCGUAUUGCCCAAGCGGAGCGAGAUGUGCUACAAACCCUGAACUGGGAUUUAGAUGUGGGCGAAAGCGUCCACCGAACAAUGUUUCAUCAGUGGGCUUUGUUGGAAAAGCUCAUUCGCGCCCGAAACGGCGAUACUGUGCCCUGGUCUGAGACGAGCGUGCGAACAAUGCUGCAGGUUGCGUGCUCGUUUCUAAACGAAGCUCACCGCACAGUCUGCGCGUGUCUGUAUCCGAAGGAGGAGUUAGCCGCUGCUGCGCUUUGUGUGGCCAUGUGCCUGUGUCGUUUGCGUGCCGGCGAGGAUAUUGCGCAAUGGCUACGUGAGUGUCAUAUCGACGCACCAACCUUGGCGUCUGCGCUUGAUCGUUUCCGCGCGGACUAUUUUGCGCGGCUCUGCAGAGCGCAGCGUCGCGCGGCCGAUGCCGCCGCCUGGCAGCGACUCCCAGCGUCAGCCCGGGCGCUCGGGGCGCCAUCCGGAGCAACGCUUGCCGAAUGCGCUGUCGAGAUUGUCGCUGAUACAGCGCAGGAGACGACAUCGCGUCAGCUGGCAGGAGCAAGCCGAGCUCCGCCACCGCACGCCGUUGGAAAGCAUCAGCAAGCGGAGGCAAUGCGCAAAGAGCCGUCGCCAUCAUCCGGCCCGCUGAUUCGCAAGCCUCGCCACACAUCGAGCGACGGCAGGCAUGCCGCCGAGGCGCUUCAACAACAACAACAACAACAACAACAACAAGGAAGCUACCGCCAUUACAAACAUCAUCAGUGGCCGGCAACGGGGAAGCGUCGACGUCCAAAAGCAGAGACCGGCCCGAGAUCCACACCACUGGAGCCGCCUUUUCAAUGA